UGUUACAUGAGAAUUUGUGUAAUAGAUUUCCGAAAAAACGCGUUUGGAAUACCGUAGUCUGAUUUGGAUGAUCGUUAGUUAUGUAAACCCGGUUUCCGAGAUAUAUUGUCACGUUGAUGCGGCAUACGCAUGGAGGUCCACUUCCGAUACGAACAUGGGGCAUUACCGUUCACUUUUUAGUUGUACAUCUUUUGAAUGAGUAAAUUUUAUUCCCUUAACCUUGCAUACGGUUUAUUUCUACGGAUCGGUUCUCUAAAAUAGCAGAGUAGUGGUUAAUUGGAGAUCGGUACUGUUUUUCUUUUCUGGGGUGCAUCACAUUACCUGCACAUCUUAUCCACAAUGAUUUGUCGCACAGUUGCAGCUUGUUUUACAUUUUUUGUGAUAACAUUAGGAAUCGCAUUAGCCCGGCUUGAUGUCCACAAAGAAUCUCUUUCUUCGGUUCAGGAUGUUACAGUACUUCAAGUAUCGCUUUCUUAUGACCUAUCAGAUAUUGACACCAGACCGAAGCGGCAAGUGAAUUAUGAAACCGGCGGCAUUCGGGCCUACAACCGACCCGCUAAGCAGCAUAAUGAGCCCUACAACAAUCCCGGCCCAUCCUACAACAAUGCGCCAAACCAACCAAACUAUCCAUCGGCGGAUCCCUCCAUCCAGUACAACUCACAACCGCCCUACUACUCUCCGGCACCAGAACAGACUUACCCGCCAAAGUCGUACGACAACUAUCCUGCCCAGCCGCCAAAGAAUUACAGUUCAUACAGUGCUCAAAACGCGUAUCCGUCCGUACUUCCAUACCAGACCCAACCGGCUGGAUAUGCCACAGGGUACCCAAACGCACUGCAUCGUAAUACCAGUGGAUUUUACGCGGAAGAAGGACAGCCGCCGGCAAUGCCGGCUUACCCAGCACCCAACCCGUAUCCCGCCCCUCCUUAUCCACAAACUCCGCCACCACAGUACUCCGCCCCGCCUCAGGCUUACGCUCCUCGUUUCAUUCAACAACAGUCGUACGGCGGGGCCGCGGAUUAUCCCAAACCCGCUGACUAUCCCCGACCAGCUCCCCCCGUGCCGCCGUACGGCGAUGGAUAUCAAGGUGCACCACCCAUACCGGCACCCACAUACAAUCAGCCACCAGCGUAUCCAGUAGGACCAACACCCAACAAUCCACCACCACCAGUAAACUACCCCGCCCAAUCUGCGCCGUACUCCGCUGGUUACGGCGCCAACCCGCCACCGCAUCCCGGUCAACCGUGUUACGCGCCGGAAGGUAUGGUUGCCAAUUUACCUCCUACCAACUUGCAGUGUAACUCCAUCGAAGCCGGAGAAAUCGAAAUCGUCCCUGGCGCAAGCGUGACCGGCGAACCAUACGUAUCGGCUAACAAUCCCAAAACUGUCGGAUAUGUUUAUUACGGCGUUCGCUAUGGAACUGCUCGUCGUUUUGAACAUUCCAAAGAAAAUCAGGAUUACUCAUACCUGCGCAAUGCUUCGAGAUUACGGCAAGGUCCCAUUUGCCCUCAAGGACCACUGCCUGCGGCGUUUGGUAGUAACGCCAAUAAGACGAUGAGCGAAGACUGUCUGUACAUGGAUAUCUACGUGCCGCCGGUAAAAUCCCAGAUAGAUAUCUUCCCGGUUAUGAUGUGGAUCCAUGGCGGUGCAUUCCAGUGGGGAUAUAAGGACGAUUACAACGCUUCACAGUUGGCAGAAGAAACCCAGACUGUCGUUGUCACCAUCAACUACCGGUUGUCGGUUUUUGGAUUUUUAAGUACCGGAGACGAUGCUGCCAGUGGUAAUUACGGCCUUGGCGACUGCAAACUGGCUGUGCACUGGAUCAAAAACCAUAUUGCCAAGUUCCAUGGUGACCCAAAGGGCAUCACGAUAUUCGGUGAAAGUGCCGGUGCUUUUGCCACUUCUGCCAUGCUUCUCGAUGCCAAUGUUCGCAAAUCCAUUCGGGCCUCCGUAUCAUUCAGCGGAAGUGUUCUUAUCGAUUCGGUCUAUGUUCGCGAACCAGAGAGAGAUGCUGUGGAACUUGCCGGACAGGUUGGCUGUCCCUUCGAUUCUUCGAAGGCUCUCAUUGACUGUCUGAGAAGUCAGCCGGUGAAGAAACUGCUUCUCUCCGCGAAACUGUUUGAAUCCGGCAACCCGCGGAUGUUUCCAUACGCUUUAGUGAUCGACGGCAUCCACCUGAAGGACAUCCCGUUCAAGGCCGUCCAAGUAGCAGCGGCUGACGCGGCCAAGAGUCCCGGAAUUAUCACCGGAUAUUUACACGAGGACGCUUCGAUGAUUUUAAGCAUUGUUCAUCCAGAACUGUUCAACCCGAACACACCUCUGAAUUUUGGCCAGAUCAUCCUCAUGAUCGCCGAGGAGUUUCUACCCAACGGCGGCGCGCCCAGAUGCACCACACCAAAUCUGGAUUUGGCGAAAACAGUGGCUGACCAUUACAAUUUGUCCGCAUCUGAUGAUCGAUCGACAACGCUGUGGAAGUUGUAUUAUCUGGCUACCGAUGCACUGAUGGGCUACCCGGCCGGCAAGGAGGUCCGGUUGUAUGAUGCUAAACGAGCUUCUAAUGUAAACGGACCAGCCACAACCCUUUUCCGACUCAACUACAAUCCGGGCUGGAAUAACCUGGGUGCAUUUCAUACAUUUGAUGUCAGCAACAUAUUUUACCCGUCCCAGCAGUUGCCACAUUUGCAGCCUAAUAAACAGGUCAUCAGCAGUAUUCGCAAAAUACUGCAAGAUGCUGCAUAUAUCGGAAGAAUUACUGGGUCCCGUUCAACCCGGCGCCCACAGUUUUUCGAGCUGACUCAAGCGGGACAACUGGAAAGUAGCGAAGCCGACACCGGAGCCAUGGUGGCCUUCUGGGACGGUAUCGUCGCCGCCAAUAUACACUACGUGAACAAUCUCGAUUGUGUAGCGGCAGUUAAAUACUUCGACAUGACGACAACAACGACAACCACAACAAAACCGACCACAGCAAAGAUUACGACGGUAACCUCUCCGACAACCACCACGAAAACAGCGACCACAAAGCCGACUACGGUAACGACACCGUCUACCACAACGAAAACGACGACUAAGCCAAAAACUACAACACCCAAGACCACUACGGUAACCACGACCAAACCGACCACCCAGACGACGACGCCAAAAACAAAAACAACGAUCACACCGCCAACCACCAAGACGUGGAGCAAUGCCUUACCUGCCGCUCAAAAAUCAUUAACGCUACCUGGGGCGCACUGCUUCGCGUCGCAUUUUGUAUUUUUAUCGGAUUUGUAAGCCGUCAUAAUUUCGUGGCAGUCGCCUUCCGAGCGAUAGUCCAGCAUCGGAAUGCGAUACGGCGGGUUCUUCACUUUAAACUCUUCUAAUCCCGGUUUGGCAAACACUUCCAGUUGAUUAUGCGUGACUUUUCGAAGGAACCGCAAUUCUCGUGCUCAUAUAUGUAAUUAUACGAUAAUAUUAUGUUCCUCCGUUUAAAACUGCCAGCCUUACCGAGCAAUAGUCGUACAUGAACGAACUGGUCGCUGUGCUCCAGUCAUAUUAUUUUGUCAUACGCGAAUUCCAUUCCUUUAAAAAUACAGUACUUAAAAUUAUUUAGGUGUAUUUUCAUCUCGUAAUUAAUCAUUCAUCUGAAUUACUUUUAAAUGCACAAUAAAUACGCAUAUGAUUGUUUCUCCUUACAUAAAUUCGCAUGAAAUAAUACAUCUACAUAUGCAGAAGUCCCGUAUGUCAUAACGUUUAACGUGAAACGCUUCUGUUUUUAUAUGAAAAUACGUUAAACUACUCUGUAUAUGUCGAUUUAAUUACGAGAUAUAUUCAGAUAUGCAUGAAAGAAUGUGUUUAAAUAAGUCUGCGGUGUUCACAAUAAAAUAUAAGUAGUUUCGUCGGCGUAAAUGCUUCACCGUCUUCGACUAACCGUCCUGUAUAUUAUCCUUAAUAAUCUCGAUGAAAUCAUCGCGAUCCGGACGCUGAUGCUCUGUACGCUGGCCGAGGACAAGAGCAAAGUAUUUCGGGAUAUUGUACUUGGUCCCGCCCAGACAAUCUUGUGUUCCGCGCGCCAGCACCAUGCGCUGUUCCUUGCCGGACAUGAAUUCUUUGUAGAUUCCGGGAAAGGAAUAGCACUGCUUCUCGUCCGCUCCGUCAUCCGUCACCGGCGCCUGAAUUCAGUGAGGUCAAGAGAGAUCUCCUCAAACUUUAUGCAGCCUUUUAGGUUGGCUGUGACGGUGUUGAUGGCUCUCUCGAUGAACUGUUUUUCCAUGGGAGCUAAAAUUGCCGGAGUCUGGUAUGGUUACAACGUUUGGUAUAUAAACGCCACACAGGAUAAAUUGUCCCAAAAUGCCAUCAAUUACUGCACAAAUCUGGGGAAAAUGCUACUUUCCAACAACUGAAAUUCCCUGCAGUAAUGACCCAGGAACAAUAUUACAUCGACAGAGAUAAUGGCACUUGCGAAAACAUGCAAGAAGUAUGCCACUUUACCGUGGAUGGACGACAGAUUGGUCCAUAUUUCGACAGUGGAUCGAAAACGUUUCCAGCUGGCAUCGAUAACUCAAUCGUAUUGGCAAUCGAUUAUGGUGCUUACGCCUUCUACCAUUCUUGUAAUGAAUACGGCUACGACGGAAUAUGCGCUGAUCCCUUUUUGUACACCUACACACGCCAUAAACCAGAGGACAUGAG